GCUCCUCCCUGACACUAUCCACUGCAGAAACUUCCUCCUCUACAGACCUUCUGCUGUGAGGGGCGUGAUCCGAGCCAGUGCCAUCUCCCUCCCCAUAGUCUGCUUCUACCCCAGGUGGGAGCUGACAGGCCCCUUCCUGCCUCAGGCUCCCCAUGCAGGAGGAGAGCAGGAGCAUGGUGACUGUGCAGGGAAGCAUGUGCUGAGUUGUGUUGAAAGCUCCUUCUCUGUGGUAAGCAUCCGGCGGCCCCACAGGAGGUUGGGACACUUCCUGGCAGGCCUCCAAGGAGACACAGAGGAUCAGCUCGAUCUGGGGGGAGCAGCAGGAGAACCAGGCAUAAAGCUGGUGAUUAGCACCCACGCUGGGAGCCUGGAGCCCACCUCUGUGCCAGGACAGAGAGACCCAGGCUCGUUUUCAGGAGUCCACGAGGGGGUUGUUCUGUGUCACCACACCUGGGGGCCACCAUGUCGGAGCUGGAAUCCCUGCUGCACAGCUUCCUCAGGGUGCAGCCCAGAGUCUUUGGGGCAGUGCUAAUGGUGGUGGGGCUGCUGCAGGUGGCCUUCGGAACCCUCUUCGUCAUCGACAACUGCGCUUACACGGAUAGUGUCGGCAUCCACUUCUUCCCAGGAAUCCUGUUAUCCUUGGCUGGCAUCAUUGCCAUCGCUGUUGACAGAGCACCUAGCAUGGCCCUGAUGAAGGCCUGUCUGGUGAUCCAGAUCAUUGCUGCAGCUGUUGUCAUGGUGAUCAACUUCCUCUACCUGAGGGACCUGCUCUCUUAUCUCAGUUUUGCCUGUGAUCUCCAGGACCAGCUCCAGAACUGCCGUGUGCACGAUCAGAUCCUGAUCUACUGCACAGGCAUGCGGGGCAUUGCACUGUUCACAGCGACUCUGGGGUUGUGCCUCACUGUUUCUCUGGCAGUGUUUGGAUGCAAAGCUGUCUGUUACCAGAACUCUGAAGAUGAUGUGCCCAUUGUUGCCCUUAGCUCUCAUGAGGUAAAAGCAGAUCCUGAGUGAGAAGGGCGCUCUUCGUGCUACCAGCCUGAGUGACGCCACCAGACAGCUCCCCCAUGGAGAUGCCAGUGGUUCCCCUGCCCCGAGCAAGUGCUGCUUCACUUGUGAGCAAUAACCCAUGGCAAGGGGUGGGGCCAAGUACCCAAGCAGUGCAGGAUUCUGUGCCAAGGGGCACAGCCAGGCAGACCUUUUCCCUAGUAGAGACUGGCAGAUUCCCCACCAACCCCUGCCCCAGUGACUAUUCCUACUGGCUUCUCCACCCAGCUGGCAAAUAGCCUGGAUUCUCCCCUGGUCAAUAAAUGGCCUCUAUUUCCCCACCUGGGUACAAUUAAAAACUGUACCCAGCUAGGAAAAAAUACAGGCCACUGACCAAACAGAUCAGAACACUUUCAUGCCCCUGGGCCCCUGAGCCACUCAGCUCCAAAGGAAUGAGAAAGGAUGGGGUUAUCCACCAGAACAAAGCCACUGGGCCAUUUGCAGCCCUGGCCUAGGGAGAUGCCCCUACACUGACUUCAAAGGGAGUCUGCACCCAUUUACACCUGGACUGAAUUUGACCUGUUUUGUCACCACAUCACAUGAUAGUGCAUUAUCCCCCAUAUGGGACCUGUUCAUAUAGGACAGCACCAUCAAAAGUGGGUGUAUGCAGGGAUAAUAGGGGUGGUGGUACUUGGUGAGUGUGUCUUCAGGGACAGACACAGGCAUCAACUUGACCUGGGUUAUUGCUGAUCUAAAAUGUCUCUGGCUUUCAUUUUUUUAAAACAAAUUAAACAUUUCA